AUGGCACUCUUGACAAAAGGAAAAUUAUUUGGUGACUUACGGUGUUAUAUGUAUUCUGUGGAGUGGCAAAAGCGAGGAUUGCCUCACGUUCACAUCUUACUGUGGCUACAGAAUCGAAUUUCAUCAAACAUAAUUGAUAAUGUCAUCAGUGCCGAAAUACCAGACCCCGAGCAAGAUCCUCUUUUAUAUAACAUCGUCAAAAGUAACAUGAUUCAUGGUCCCUGCGGCAGCUUAAACCCUAAUGCUCCUUGCAUGAAAGAAAAUACAUGCAGUAAAAGAUACCCUAGAAAACUUUGCCGAGAAACACAGACGGGAGACGAUGGAUACCCAGAGUACAAGAGGAGGUCUACAAAUGCCGGUGGUUUCACUGUAAGAAUUAAGGGACUUGAUUUAGACAACCAUUGGGUUGUGCCUUACAACCCAGUCUUAUUACGUACUUUCAAUUGUCACAUCAAUGUAGAGAUGUGUCAUUCUGUUAAGUGUAUUAAGUACAUCUGUAAGUAUGUAAACAAGGGUAGUGACCAAGCAGCGUUUACGAUAGAAAACCAGAAGGAUGAGAUUACAAUGUACGAAAGUGCCGUCCACCUUGAGAAUGGUCAGCGAGUAUACUUCACCCCUAAUAACUUGGCAGAGAAGCUCAAUAAUCCUACUAAGACUACGCUUUUAGCAUUUUUUGAGUUAUGCAAAACUGAUGUUUUCGCCAAAACCCUCCUUUAUUCGGAAGUGCCUUCUUACUUUGUAUUUAAGAAUAAUAAGUUUCAAAGAAGGAAGCAGGGAAGGAAUGUAGAUGGCUGGCCGACCGUAAAGAAGGACGAUGCAUUAGGAAGAGUGUAUACUAUCCAUCCACACAAUACUGAAUGCUACUAUAUUCGUAUGCUUCUUCAUGAAAUUAGAGGACCAACAUCUUUUUCAGACCUAAAGACUGUUAAUGGUAUCCUCCAUAAUACAUUUCAAUCUGCCUGUAAUGUGUUAGAUUUACUUGAAGAUGAUAAUCACUGGAACAAUACGUUAAAUGAAGCUUCUUUGAGUGAUUCUCCUUCCAAGCUGCGCGAACUAUUUACAGUAAUGUUAGUAUUUUGUCAACUAUCGGAUACCUUAACUCUUUGGGAUACACAUAAAAACAAUCUUUCAGAGGAUAUUAUCCGACAAAUGGAUGCUGACCAAAAAGAUGAGGCUCACAACAAAUGUUUGAUACAAAUUGAAGAUGCAGUGCUUGCUGUAGGAGGUCAGAGUAUAUCAAAUUAUGGGCUACCUCAGCCAAUAAGGACAGAAAAUAACUUUGAAAACAUAGUCUAUCAGAGAGAGAUAAACUACGACCUGAAUACCUUAACAAAGGUAAUAGUGAGCAACGAGGCCUUACUGACGAACGAGCAAUACAAUGUCUAUAGUCGGAUAAUGCACAGCAUUAAAUCUGAUACUGGAAAAAUUUUUUUUUUAAAUGCUCCUGCAGGAACAGGUAAAACUUUCCUUAUAAACUUGCUUUUGACAAAAGUAAGGAGCAAUCGUAGUAUUGCUUUGGCUGUUGCAUCUUCUGGCAUUGCUGCUACGCUUUUGGAGGGGGGAAGGACGGCCCACUCAGCAUUCAAACUUCCUCUCGAUCUCAUUAACACAGAAACGCCAAUGUGUAAUAUACCAAAACAAAGUAAUAUAGCCAAAGUUCUUCGCAAUUGUAAGUUUGUUGUUUGGGAUGAAAGCACUAUGGCGCAUAAAAGAGGUUUUGAGGCACUUGAUAGAUCUCUUAAAGAUAUAAGAAAUAAAAAUGAAGUGAUGGGAGGAGCAAUUGUUCUUUUAACUGGAGACUUUAGGCAAACUCUACCAGUUAUACCAAGAGGAAGUCGAGCAGAUGAAGAUAAAGCAUGCAUAAAAGCUUCUUAUUUAUGGCCGUUAAUAGAACAACUUUCUCUCAAAAAGAAUAUGAGGGUCCACCUGGGAGGUGAUGUCACAGCUGGAAAAUUCUCUGAACUUCUACUCAAAAUAGGAAAUGGAGAUUUUCCCGAGUUAGCUGGAAAGUUGGUUAUCACAAAGGAUUUAGGUUUAGUAGUGACAACACUACAAGAACUUAUAGUUCAAAUUUAUCCUGAUAUUACCGAUAUAAAAAACAAAUCGAUGGAUUGGUUAUGUGAGCGCGCUAUUUUGACCCCUAAAAAUGACAGGGCAGGUGUGAUUAAUGAAAUUCUUCUUAAAUCAUUUAAGGGAACAGAAAUGGAGUAUAAGUCUAUAGACAUGGUACUGAAGACAGAUGAAGCAGUUCACUAUCCUGUGGAGUUCCUCAACGCACUUAAUCCCCCAGGCUUUCCAGCACAUAAGUUAGUCCUUAAAGUAGGAGCUCCAAUUAUGCUGUUGCGAAAUCUUCACCCACCCAAACUCAACGUUUAUACCACGUAUACCACUUUUAUCAUCAAACUAUCCAUUCGAAUUUAA